GAAUGCUUUGUGAAUCCUUCUGCAUUAACUCCUUCCAAUCUCUAUGUCCAGAACAGACCAUGUGCAUGAGGGCAUUGUGUGUAACGACGGGGCCACAGUGUACGCUACAUUUGACGUGAAACUCAGCGGCAAAGUGACAGUGUACACAAACCCGAAGAAGGCAGCCAUCAACGAUGGGAUCAACCUCAGUGGGGAGGGUCUGUGCUUUAAGCUGUUCUACGUGAAGCCUGACAGUUACUCUGGGGUGGUGAAGAAGGGCCAGGGGAUUGGGACCCUGCUCCCCAUGCAGAGUGUCUACCCAGGGAUCACUUCUCACGUCCUCGUCCAGAUGUGUGACAAGUCCGACCCCACCAAGUACUUCUGA